AUGAUCGAUAGGGGAGCUGGUAAUACAGGAUCUACUUUAUUGAUAGUCAUAGAAAUCCCCCUCCCCAGCUGCACUUUUCUACCCUGGUGUGAGCGGCUGGACUCAAUUGAUUCAACAAAUAAAACCCACGCCUUUUACACAAUCAGCUUUGAGUUUCACAUUGAAUUGGGUCUGAUUAUUAGAGAUAAACUGAUAACAACUGCCACUUGCAUUUACCCACUUGAUAUGAGGCUAAGCCUAGAAACCGCCGUGAAGCCCAUUAUCAGCACUACAAUAAUUGAUGUUUCUGGCACUGGGGAGUUGAAGGCUCAUAUGGCAGUCUUUAACAGCAGUGACUAUUUGUAUCCAUACCAAGGAUCAGAAAUUGAGCUGUACACCCACACAGUGAUUUACAUUGGAGUAUUCCUUGAAGGUCCAGAUCCAAGUCAGUAUGCCAUGGUACUGAAAGACUGCUAUGCCACUCCAUCAAACGAUCCCAAUGAUCCCAUAAAAUAUUAUAUCAUCCAAAACAGAUGCCCUAACAGAUAUGAUGGCACUGUUGAAGUACAGGCAAAUGGCGUAGAUAUUGCAGCAAAAUUCUCUUUCGAAGUGUUUGCAUUUGUCGGUGAUUAUGACCGGGUCUAUAUGCACUGUGACAUCUAUGCGUGUAUCAAGAGUCUCGACACCUGCGAACCUAAAUGCAAGACUCGUGCCAUGGAUGAAACCACAGAAGACACCGCCAGGAUCACGAUAGGACCAUUCGUCAGGCAAGCUCCUACUACUAAACCUAAAGCUACAGAAAAAGCUCCUACUACUAAACCUAAAGCUACAGAAAAAGCUCCUACUACUAAACCUAAAGCUACAGAAAAAGCUCCUACUACUAAACCUAAAGCUACAGAAAAAGCUCCUACUACUAAACCUAAAGCUACAGAAAAAGCUCCUUCUACUAAACCUAAAGCUACAGAAAAAGCUCCUACUACUAAACCUAAAGCUACAGAAAAAGCUCCUACUACUAAACCUAAAGCUACAGAAAAAGCUCCUACUACUAAACCUAAAGCUACAGAAAAAGCUCCUACUACUAAACCUAAAGCUACAGAAAAAGUUCAAAGGACCAUCAACACCAAACAUAUAAUAUACAAUUGA